CGGUUAAGGGCCGGUUGUUCCACCUUCAGAUAAAGUAGCGGGUAAUUUAUCUAAUGGUUAAAACUCUGAUUUGCGUUGUUCCAUGUGUCGGUAAAAUUUAUCUAUCUGAUAAAUGACCCAAAACCAAAAGAUAAAUUACACGGCACUCUCGGUACCGUGUAAGGCGUAUCUAACAGAUAACUAUGUAGAAAUAGCAAACAGUAGAGAUGCGCUAGAUAGGUUACGUUAUCCACAAUCGAAUUAUAUGUUUAGAAUCUCACUUUAUUACAUUGACAAUGGAUUUUGAAUUGUGCGAAAAUCAAUUUUUGUAUGAUGACGAUAAUGAUAAUGAAGAAUCUGAUGAAGAAAUAAUAGUGGUGAUUCGCAAACAAUAUACAAUUCGUCCGCGUCCAGAUUUAUUUAACGAAUACGAUAAUGUAGAAUUUGUAAGACGGUUUCGGUUUCGCAAACGCACUGUCCAGAUGAUUUUAACUCUUAUUGAAGACAGAAUAAAAAGCAGGACUGACAGAAAUCAUGCUGUAUCACCACUACAUCAACUAUUACUUACUUUGAGAUUCUAUGCAACUGGAACCUUUCAAGUCGCAAUUGGUGAUUUUGGUGGAAUUCACAAAUCUACUAUGUGCAGGAUUAUAAAGAAGGUUACAGAAGCAAUAGCAUCGUUACGUUUACGAUAUAUUCAUUUUCCUAAUUCUAAUCAGAGUUUAAUGCACACAAAAGAAAGGUUUUACAACAUUGCCCGUUUCCCUAGAGUUAUAGGAGCUAUUGACUGUACUCAUGUCAAACUACUAUCUCCAGGUGGAGAAGAAGCUGAAGUAUAUAGAAAUAGAAAAGGAAUAUUUAGUAUCAAUGUGCAAGCUGUUUGUAACAGUGCUUUAAAAUUUGUAGACAUAGUAGCACGGUGGCCUGGUUCCACCCAUGAUUCUACUAUUCUUAAUGCUAGCACAAUACGUGCAAGAUUUAUGAAUGGCGAGAUGGGAAAUGCGCUAUUACUCGGUGAUGGUGGCUACGCUUGUUCUCACUUUUUAUUGACACCACUGUCUGAACCGCAUACUCAAGCUGAACAAUUAUAUAAUGAGUCUCAA